AUGGGGAGGCCUGGCUGCAGGGUUGUGGUUGUAAUACAAUAUCACCUUAGUAUUUUGGGAUUCCUAAGCACGGGUGACCAGCAUGCACCUGGUAACUGGGGCUUCCUGGAUCAAAUAGCCGGCCUUCAGUGGGUUCGUGACAACAUAGCGGCCUUUAAUGGAGACCCUAAUUCAGUGACCAUCUUUGGACAUGGCAUCAGUGUCUCUAUGCUGGUACUGUCUCCAUUAGCUGAGGAUUUAUUCCACAAAGCUAUCGCCAUGAGUGGAGUGGCACCACUGGAAGCUCAUUACACCAGCAAUCAACUGGCUAUGUCUCAGAUGAUAGCCAAUCUGUCUGACUGUGAGAGCAGCAACAGUAAGAAGCUUGUCGAGUGUAUCAAAGGCCGGUCUGAGGAGGAAAUACUGAGCGCCAUGAAGAAGGUACAAUAAGCAGUACAGUACUCCAUUGACGGUGUGUUCCUGAAAGGCCCACCUGAGGAAGUUUUAAAUCAUCAAGAAUUCCAGAAGGUUCCUAUUACGAUAGGACUGACCAAUCAUGAAUUUGGAUGGAUGCUCCCAAAGCUCCUAGGACCUCCUGGGUGGGAUCAUGGUAUGAAAAGGGAGAAUGUGAUAUCAGUGAUGAACAUGUUCUUUCCCGGCCGUGCCUUAGGUGCAAAUGAACUAAUACUGAAUGAACACCUGCGACAGGCCGACUCUCCAGAGAGCGUACGUGACGUUUUCCCAGAGAUACUUGGUGACAUGGUGCUCGUUCUUCCUGUUCUUAAAGUGGCUUCAUAGCACAGAGACGCGGGCGUGCCUGUGUACGUGUACCAAUUUCAACAUUCUCCUCUGAUGCACGAAGGCACAAGACCCACUUUUGUCAAAGCAGACCACGAUGAUGAUGCUUUGUUUUUUCUCGGAGCCUGCUUUUGUACCGGACACACUGUGGUUACAGGACAUGUGUCACAAGAAGAAGAGGAACUAAGUAAGCUUGCAAUGGCGUACAUAGCAAACUUUGCACGCAGCGGGUAGAGUAUUUUAUUUCAU